CUGGCGUGGGACGCGGUGGCGGUUUGGGUCAGUCCCUCGGGAAUCGUGUCAUGUCGCGACCGAAGAAUCAAAAUUAUAAGGGCCAUGGAUUAUCAAAGGGAAAAGAGCGAGAGCAGAGAGUCUCAAUCCGAUUCAAGGCCACGCUUGUGAAUACGCUCAUGGAUGUCCUUCGCCACAGGCCUGGCUGGGUGGAAGUAAAAGAUGAAGGGGAGUGGGAUUUCUACUGGUGUGACGUCAGCUGGCUCCGGGAGAACUUUGACCACACCUAUAUGGACGAGCAUGUGCGGAUCAGCCACUUCCGGAACCACUAUGAGCUGACCCGCAAGAACUAUAUGGUGAAGAACCUGAAACGUUUCCGGAAGCAGCUAGAGCGUGAGGCGGGAAAGGUGGAGGCAGCCAAGUGCGACUUCUUCCCCAAAACCUUUGAGAUGCCUUGCGAGUACCAUCUGUUUGUAGAGGAAUUUCGCAAAAACCCAGGAAUCACCUGGAUCAUGAAGCCUGUAGCCCGGUCUCAAGGAAAGGGCAUCUUCCUCUUCCGGAAGCUGAAGGACAUCAUGGACUGGAGGAAGGGCAAUGCUGGGAAGAAGGUCAGCAGCUUAGAGGUUCAGCCAGCCCGGAGCGUAGUCAAUCCCUCUGGCAGCCACGACACAAGAAGUUCUGAUGACCAGAAAGAUGAUAUUCCCGUGGAGAACUACGUAGCUCAGCGUUAUAUCGAAAAUCCCUACCUGAUAGGAGGCCGCAAGUUUGACCUGCGUGUCUACGUGCUGGUGAUGUCGUACAUCCCACUGCGGGCCUGGCUAUACCGGGAUGGCUUCGCCAGAUUCUCCAACACCCGCUUCACACUCAGCAGCAUCGAUGACCAGUACGUUCACCUCACCAACGUUGCUGUGCAAAAGACAUCUCCUGACUACCAUCCAAAGAAGGGCUGCAAGUGGAUGCUCCAGCGCUUCAGGCAGUACCUGGCAUCCAAGCAUGGACCCAAGGCGGUGGAGACGCUUUUCAGUGAGAUGGACAACAUCUUCGUCAAGAGCCUACAGAGCGUGCAGAAGGUGAUCAUCAGUGACAAGCACUGUUUUGAGCUUUAUGGCUACGACAUCCUCAUCGACCAAGAUCUCAAGCCGUGGCUGCUGGAGGUCAAUGCAUCCCCAUCGCUAACAGCCAGCAGCCAGGAAGACUACGAGCUCAAGACCUGCCUCCUGGAAGACACACUGCACGUCGUGGACAUGGAGGCCAGGCUCACAGGAAGGGAGAAGAGAGUUGGAGGCUUUGACCUCAUGUGGAAUGAUGGCCCGGUCAGCAGAGAGGAGGGGACCCCUGACCUAUCAGGGUCAGGGAACUUUGUGACCAAUACGCACCUUGGUUGUGUCAAUGAUCGGAAAACACAGCUGAGGCAGCUAUUCCACUCCCUCCAAAGCCAGAAGAAAGCUUCCGGCUAAGUUCCCGGAAGGUACCAGCCAGUCCUCUCCCCACUCCCAGCACGGCCACACUUCGGAGCACUCACCUUCCUUCUGCCUCCUCUGGCCCAGAAGCUGCUUUGCUGCCUCAGCAGCCACUGUUUGCUGCUUGUUCAGGGCCCCCUGGAUACCCCACCCCAACUCUGGGUAUCUGUGCAGCAGGAGACAUUCAAUCUCCAGGACUCGAUCGGAUUUAACCUGGAUCAUUGACUUGGCAAUCAGGUGCAAAGAGGACAAAUGCUGUGAGUUCUUCUACCCGAGAUCAUGGCUGAUAAACGAGCACAGGCCUUAAUUGGAGUGACUGUGCAUGUGGGCUGGCUCAGGAUGAUGUCAGUGCAACUAAACCCUCCUGGCUUUGACCCUUUGAUGUCUCUCAG